CCAGGUCAGGAGCAAGGGGGCGGAAGCGGCGGCGGCUGUCAGAGCUGGAGAGGGGCCGGGCGGAGCGGACAUGGAGAGUCAACGCUGGCUGCCGCUGGAGGCCAAUCCCGAGGUCACCAACCAGUUUCUCAAACAAUUAGGUCUACAUCCUAACUGGCAGUUUGUUGAUGUAUAUGGAAUGGAUCCUGAACUCCUCAGCAUGGUACCAAGACCAGUGUGUGCAGUGUUACUUCUCUUCCCUAUUACAGAAAAGUAUGAAAUAUUCAGAACAGAAGAAGAGGAAAAAAUAAAAUCUCAGGGGCAAGAUGUUACAUCAUCAGUAUAUUUCAUGAAGCAAACCAUCAGCAAUGCCUGUGGAACAAUUGGACUAAUCCAUGCUAUUGCCAACAAUAAAGACAAGAUGCACUUUGAAUCUGGAUCAACCUUGAAAAAAUUCCUGGAGGAGUCUGCGUCAAUGAGCCCUGAAGAACGAGCCAGAUACCUGGAGAACUAUGACGCCAUUCGAGUUACUCAUGAGACCAGUGCCCAUGAAGGUCAGACUGAGGCACCAAAUAUAGAUGAAAAAGUAGAUCUUCAUUUUAUUGCAUUAGUUCAUGUAGAUGGGCAUCUCUAUGAAUUAGAUGGACGGAAACCAUUUCCAAUUAACCAUGGGGAAACUAGUGAUGAAACUUUAUUAGAGGAUGCCAUAGAAGUUUGCAAGAAGUUUAUGGAACGUGACCCUGAUGAACUGAGAUUCAAUGCCAUUGCUCUUUGUGCAGCUUAGCUUGUCCAGAAUGGAAGCACCAAAUAGUAUAUUAUUUGCAACAAAAUUAAAUUUCUUCUGCCAUACACUAACUCAAAAAUUUUGAUAUUUUCAUUAACUUGACUGAUUAAACUUUAUGUGAACUAAG